GUCCGUUUCGGGCUGCCGUCCUGCAGAUCCGCCAUAUUGUCUGCUGAAGCUGCUGCUGAAGCUACCGCUGCUGCCGCCGCCAAGUCUGAGCGAGCGGAGCCGCGAUGGAGACCAUGGCAAGCCCAGGUAAAGACAAUUAUCGAAUGAAGAGCUAUAAGAACAAUGCCCUAAACCCUGAGGAAAUGAGGCGAAGAAGAGAAGAAGAGGGCAUUCAGCUCCGGAAGCAGAAGCGGGAGCAACAACUUUUUAAACGGAGAAAUGUGGAGCUGAUUAAUGAAGAAGCUGCCAUGUUUGAUAGUCUCCUCAUGGACUCCUAUGUGAGCUCUACCACUGGGGAGAGUGUGAUCACAAGAGAGAUGGUGGAGAUGCUCUUUUCUGAUGAUUCUGACCUGCAGUUAGCAACCACACAGAAAUUUCGGAAACUGCUCUCCAAAGAGCCUAGUCCUCCAAUAGAUGAAGUUAUUAAUACUCCAGGAGUGGUGGAUCGGUUUGUGGAGUUUCUGAAGAGGAACGAGAAUUGUACAUUACAGUUCGAAGCUGCCUGGGCUCUAACAAACAUUGCCUCUGGAACCUCUCAGCAGACCAAAAUUGUCAUUGAAGCAGGAGCCGUCCCCAUUUUUAUAGAGCUGCUUAACUCAGACUUCGAGGAUGUACAGGAACAGGCAGUCUGGGCACUGGGAAACAUAGCUGGAGACAGCUCCGUUUGCCGAGAUUACGUCUUGAACUGUUCCAUCCUUAAUCCUUUGUUAACACUCCUUACCAAGUCCACACGACUGACAAUGACACGGAAUGCAGUCUGGGCCCUGUCAAACCUCUGCCGAGGGAAGAACCCACCCCCAGAGUUUGCAAAGGUCUCUCCUUGUUUGCCGGUACUGUCUCGCCUACUCUUCAGCAGUGAUUCAGACUUGCUGGCAGAUGCUUGCUGGGCCCUCUCUUAUCUGUCUGAUGGCCCCAAUGAGAAAAUCCAGGCGGUCAUAGACUCUGGAGUGUGCCGGAGAUUGGUAGAGCUGCUGAUGCACAACGAUUAUAAAGUGGCUUCCCCUGCCCUGAGAGCUGUGGGUAACAUCGUCACCGGAGAUGACAUCCAGACCCAGGUCAUUCUUAACUGUUCAGCCCUCCCUUGCCUUCUCCACUUGUUGAGCAGCCCUAAAGAAUCAAUCCGGAAGGAAGCUUGCUGGACCAUUUCAAAUAUCACUGCUGGCAACAGAGCUCAAAUACAGGCUGUUAUAGAUGCAAAUAUCUUCCCUGUGUUGAUCGAAAUCCUUCAGAAAGCAGAGUUCCGUACAAGGAAAGAGGCAGCCUGGGCCAUCACCAAUGCCACAUCAGGAGGAACCCCUGAGCAGAUCAGGUACCUGGUCUCACUGGGCUGCAUCAAACCCCUGUGCGAUUUGCUGACUGUAAUGGAUUCAAAGAUUGUGCAAGUGGCCCUCAAUGGACUGGAGAACAUCCUGCGGCUUGGAGAGCAAGAAGGCAAGCGCAGUGGCUCAGGGGUUAAUCCCUACUGUGGCCUCAUCGAGGAAGCCUAUGGCUUGGACAAAAUUGAGUUUCUCCAGAGCCACGAGAACCAGGAGAUCUACCAGAAGGCCUUCGACCUCAUUGAGCACUACUUUGGUGUAGAAGAUGAUGAUAGCAGCCUGGCUCCCCAAGUGGAUGAAACGCAACAGCAGUUCAUCUUCCAGCAGCCUGAGGCCCCCAUGGAAGGUUUCCAGCUAUAAUAUCUGCCUCCGGGGAGGGGAGGGGAUGGGAAGCACCACCAAUCAGCAGAAGAGCAGCCCUCUGGUGGGCGGGGAAACAAACCCCCCCCCACUAUCAGCCACCACACACCUCUGCUGCCCUGGAGACUGUGCUCUUGACCUGCUCCGCCCCCUUCCCUGGAGGGCCUACCCUCUGGACAGACAGAACCAUCUGAGGCUCACAUUUGGGUUUUGUGACAAGAAGGGGAUGUGUUGGGUUUUUCUUCCUUACACUAUAUUUUGGCUGCACACAUGUCUUUAACCCAGGAGCCCAGGGGUAGACAAAGGAGGACUAAGGUAAUCAGUUUGCACCUUUUUUUAUUUUUUUCUUUUUUCUUUAAUGGUGACUUCCUUUUUAUCUUUUUUCAUCCUUCCCAAUCCUCUGCCCUGAUCUGUAUAACUCUUAUCUUGGGUACUUGAGCAGAUGGAAUAUUCCAGAGGUGGGAGGUGGGAGGGGAAGGGAGAAAUCCAAAACAAAGUGUUCUUGCUCUGACAGAAUAUUAAUCUUGUAUGCUUGGAUUGAGUUAUUUAAUUUUUUUUUUCUUUUGCACAUUUUUCUUGUAUUAAGAUUGCUCUUCCCAAGAGCCAUGAGUUCCUGGUUUUAGGAAUCCCAGCUGCCAGCAUUGCCUGGGACUAGAGGCUAAUGGGGAGGCUACCAUGAAACAAAAGCCCCUCCCUCCCUCUCACUCCCUACCCAGAUCUCUUUAGUUUGGGAGAUCCCCCUCAUUCUCCUGGGGCAAGUACACCAGUGGGAGUGGAGGGGAGGGAGGAGCACAGGCCUUCAGAUGGGGCUCCCCACAUGUAGCUACUGAUCCCAUGUUUCCUACCCACCUUCUAAAUGGUGCGACCCAACUUCAUUUGUUUACUUGAAAAUUCCCCUCAGGGUUCAGUGAACCUCUGAGGUGGCUGUAUUUUCUCCUAAGCUUAAGACAGGGGACUAUGGUCCUUCCUUUCUCCUGAGGAGAAAGUCCUUGCUCUGGUGACCUAUAAAUUACAGAGGAGGUUCGAGUGAGAGUGUCAUGUAUUGGGAUAGUCAGGGAUCCCUGCCUUUGGCCUUUCUUCUUCUUCUUCCUCUUCCAUAGUUGGAUCAUGUAUAUUUUACUUCCAAAGGAGAGAAUGUCAAAAAGUUCUGUAUUUUUUUAUAUUCUAUAUAUUAGGUAGGUCAAUCUUAAUUGGUCUCAAGAGGAAGAACUAUCUGUAAUUUCUGUAAGUAGGAUACUGUGAGGAAGACCAAAAAGAGAUGUGGAAGCUCCCUUGCUCAGGAGGCCUGAGUGGUCCAUUUCCUCUCUGCUUAGAUUCUGGACCACCACCUGGGACCAAUCCUCAGCUCUGGAAACUUUAUAAAGCAGGUCAGCGUGGUCUCAUUGUCCCAGUACCUGAAAGGAGCAAGGAUGGCCUCAGGGCCUGGUGAAGUCUACCACUCUAGUAGUCCUUGCUACUGAGCAUCCUGCUUCUAUCAGGAAACCCAGAAAGUAGUUUGCCUUCUACAACUCAAUCUUAAAGGCCAUUGUCCACAUAAGUUGUCACAUAUGGCUGCAUUUGCUAUUGUCCCAGAAACUUAGCAGCCUGAAUACUUUUGUGAGAGUUAUUGGUAUCUUCCCUGUUAGGGAUCCUUAUACCUGGUUUGGGUUUUCUCUUGUUUGUGACAAUUAUAAUCCAGAUGCCUUUUCUUUCUCUUUGAGUAAAGCUAGUGUAGUGCCUCAGUGGCUUGCCUGUGCCUCUGGAUGGAUUACAUGUGAUGGUAAGGCCCAUCUGUUGGAGAUGGGAGAGGACGAAGUUGUCAGCUAAGUAUAGACCAACCAUGGAGUUGAAGGCACAGUCCGCCCUGCUGCUGCCUCCCCACUAUGUGGUUAGAGGUGUCCUGUUCCAAGCUAUACUUUUCCAGAAACAGUGCUGUUCUUGCUCCCAUUCCUAUACAUCCCUUUCUGGCUCAGGUGAAAUCCAUGCCCCUUUUCUUACAGAUCUAAACUUCCAGUGCUUAUUGUUGGCAAUUCGCCUUGAAUUUGCCCUUCCUUAGUUUGAGGUGACACUCCAAAGCCAUUUUCUAAAGAAGAUGGUUUAGGGCUGGCAGCUAUCAUUGAAAAAUCACACUAAUGUUAUACUGCUUUGGUGAGUCACAUGCUCCUCAGUAGCUUGAGAAUGAUGGCUACCAACCCCCAAUCUCCCAGGAAGGCAAGGGGCAGGACCUUUUUUUUCACUUGGCCUUCUACCUCCAUUACAAAACUCUUACAAUUCAAAGAAAAUCUCUCACCCAUGCAUCCCCCCAUGGUCCUUGUCCAAAGGGCAGAGCAAUUUAGUAGGACCUACUUUGUACAUCUCAAGCAAUAGUUAAGUCCCUGACAUUGGGGCCGAAUUCCUAGUGUGAGACAUACACAUCCUGCUUUCCCAACUGUUUCUCCAAAACUCUACUUUGGGUUCAGCUUUAGGUCCUGUACCAGAUGGAAGACUCUUUUUUGGUCAUUUGGCUGCUGCUUAAAGCAAGUUUUCUCUAAGGACUUAAAAGGCUAAAUUCUACUGGGGGCACAAUGUGAGGAAAGAUUUCUCAAAGAAAGGUUGCCUCUAGGAGCUUUCAUUUGUGUCUUCCCCAGACCGUGUUUUCCCAUUAUCUUCCUCUAACCCCAUUUCAACCAACAGGUAAAAUUCUUCCAGCCGACAGAGGCAGCAGUACCAUCUUUUGUAUCAUCUCCUCUUUAUUGGCCAUCUUGUGAAGCAAAAUAUUAUUUCUUUAGCUCACAUUUGAGACCCACUCUUUGUGAGCAACCCCCACUGGACCCCAGACCCUGGCCUAAGUGAGGUCAAAGGCUUUCUGGCAGAUUUCUAUUGAUUGCCAGGAUGUAGAGGCUCCCCAGCCUAUUUUAGGGACUAGUGUGAUAAGUUGAAACAUGUUUUUGGAAUCUUCAUAUGGCUGGCAUAUCUGUUUUAAGAUCUCUGAUGGGGGUGGAAGUAUCUAGGUAUAGAUUAAGAGGGACAAGGAGCCUUUUUCUUAGUUAACAUACUCAAAUACUGUUUUGAACAGUGCCAGCUAUUCUUUAUUGCCAACCCCUCUAGGCAUCCCACCCCCAAGUCGCCUUCUCUAGUACUAACAGGGUCUCUGGUCUUAAAAACCUGCCUUCAGUUCCCACCUCUCCUCAGUGACUGCCUGGCCUUGAUGUUGGCUGCUGCAACCCUCUGAUAGAACCACAUGGGUUCCACCCUGAACUGGGCAGCCUGGUUACUUGGUUGGGCAUAAAUGACCCCUCCCAGGAACGGGUGGUUGGUGACUUCAGUUUUGGGGGACCCUUGGUUUUAUUCCUUAUCUAGAAACUUUAGAUCUACUUUUUUUCAACUCUGUCCUGGAAACCAUCUUCCAGGAGCCCUAUUUUUUUGGAACUGAACUGCACAGAUUAUAGCUGCUAUUGUAGUUAAGGGAAAGGAAUAGAAGACUAGGCAUACAGACAUUCUGUUCCUCUCAAGCCAAACCAGUUUAAAAUGAAAACUGUCUAACAGAAUGAACUGUAUUUACAUUUUCUCAUGUCUGCCUGCCUUCUCUCCACACCCUAGAGUUGUACCUGUUUCUAGCAAGCUGAAAGGAAAGAAGGAGAAAGCCUAGCAAUACUAACCUCACCCUACAUACCCUUCUUUGAAGGCCCCAGCCCAUUUGUUCAGGCCUUCUCUCUUCACCCAUAGACUCACUCAGCUUAGAAUCCAUCAUCUUGGAUUCAUUAGAUUCAUCUUACAGGCUCAGAUUCUAGAUUCUCAGUUGAAGACAGGGAGCCAGUUUCUCCAGGGACCCAAUAGCCUGGCUGGGGACCUCAGGAAUGUGUGUACCUGUCUGCCUCCCUGGCAGCCUGGGGAGGGGUGCAAUGCUCAGUGCACUGAACUAUGGGAAACAUCUUCCAGGUAGUACUACCCUGGAAGUUCAUGUGAGACUGAGAGAUUGCUCAGAAUAAAUUUCUUCCAUAGCCUUUUAGGAUUGCACAUUCUAGACUAGACCAACCUUGUCCAGUAUUUUUUUCUGUUUUAGCAUUUGCAUUUUUUUGUUAAGCCAACAAGCUGAGAAUUUAGCCCUACUGAGAUGCUUAUGGUGGGCACUUAGCUGCUCUUUGGCCAAGGCCUUCAUAAAUGAUUCAGUCAUCCCAUUGUCUAUCCCCUAGCCCCACCCCCAGAUUAAGCCUAUGGCAAGGGAAGAAUUUGAGGUUAAGACCAACCAAAUCUGUUAAUGAAAGCCGUUAUUUUUCCUCUGAGAGGGCAUUUUGUUGCAGAACCAGAGCUGGCUGUGAGAGUUAUAAAAGGCAGCAUUAAAUUUGGGCCCAGAACACCAUGGGAGAAAGGUUUGUGUAGUGUGUUUUGAUGGGCUUGGGUCUACCUAGCUUCUUCUGGGCCAUCCUGACUUCUGAUGUCCACAUUAGCACAUACCUGAACCCCCCUGCUCUCUUGUAACAAUAUGCCAUGCCCUGAGGGCAGUGAAGGAAAUAAGUGCAGAGAUCCUAAGACUGGCUGGGAACCUCUGACUCAGAGGAUGUCCUUAAAGAGUUCACAUCUACAUGAACCCCUGUGCUCUGGAGUUGGGUCUUGGCUUUUUCAGCCAGCUUUUGUGGAAACUGCCUUUGACCUAUUUUAAAAGAAGGAAAGGGGCUGUGGGGUCCCAGCCACACAACAGACCGGAUGUCCCCUAAGAACAGUUUGGGUUUCCAGCUAUGGACCCUAGGAAGGUGAAUCAAAUCCUUCUCACUGGUUUUUCUUUCCAAAUUAAUUUGCUUUUAUUUUUCUAACAACUAUAAACUCUGGCUAUUUUCCAUGUUCUCAGGGCCCCUGGGUAGACAGACAAAGCUUGAUGAUUUCAGAGCAGACAUAGGCCAAGAAACCGUGGCAUUGAGUGUGCUGAGUCCAGACAAAUGCUAUUUAUAUACACAUCCAAAUUUGAAGAGAAAAUGUAUUUCUUUAGGUUUCAAACACUGUAAUAGAUAUAAUGCAAAAAUAAAAACCUGUUGCAAAGUU